CAGUCUGCCAGCAGCCUGUCAUGUCAAUCACUUCACUGCGUCAGUUUCUCUUCGCAAGCAGUAUUAUCGUGUUUUAUACUUUGAUGGAUUUUUGAAUGAGAAUUAAUUGAUUGUACCUAAUAAUGGGUGCCAUAUAUAAAUUAAGGAGAUUAAUUUAAUCCUCGAAAUUACAAAUGGCUGCGGAGUCGCUCCUGAAAACGGGCAAGCAUUCGAAGUAUACAUCGUAUAGGAAAAUCUUGUAUCAUAGGUUUUUCGUCGGCCUACUCUUGUUUAUAGUGAUAUCCUUAGUGUUUACUGUGGUGUUUAACGCGUUUUCCGGUAGUUCGCCGCGGAUAGAUGUGUAUCAAGCUGUGAAUUUAGAAUCGACAAGUGCUGAAGUGGUGAAAAUCAGCAGUAGUGCUCUGGAAGCUGAGCCUCGUGUGGCAAACUGCACAUACUGGGACUGUGUCGAUGUGUACAGAUGCGGGAAAGGCGGGCACAACAAGAUAACAAUAUACAUAUAUCCAUUAAAAGACUAUCAGACUGAAAAUGGGAAUUCUAUAUCACAAUUUUCUAAAGAAUUUUAUAUGAUAUUAAAUACUAUAAAACGUAGUAAAUAUUACACGCCGAACCCUGAGGAGGCGUGCCUGUUAGUACCUAGCAUAGACACUCUGAAUCAGCACAGUUUCUCAAGUAAACAUGUGUCACAAGCGCUGCAGUCGCUGCCACAUUGGCAACACGGUGAAAACCACCUCAUAUUCAACAUGCUGCCGGGUUCUGCACCCAACUACAACACAGUUGUGGACCUCAACACCAGCCGAGCCAUUAUAGCAGGAGCUGGCUUCAACACCUGGACUUUUAGACACAAUUUUGAUGUCUCCAUACCAGUCUACAGUUCCGUUGCAGAGAAAAUUGACAGCACACAACCAGAACAAAAGAAGUACCUUAUUGUUUCUACGCAGCUCAAUAUACCACACAAUUAUUUAGAAGAAUUACAGAAUAUUGCGUCUUCGUCCAAUGAUCUCUUGUUAUUGGGCACCUGUAAGACUGACAAAACAGAUUUCAGUAAACGGUGUGAAUACACGACCGGUAGAGAAUUUGAUUACCCAAAUGUGUUGAAGGACGGAAUGUUCUGUUUAGUUAUAAGAAGUGCAAGAUUGACUCAAGCUGUCCUAAUGGAUAUUUUAGCUUCUCAGUGUAUACCAAUAGUGAUUGCGGACUCCGUAGUGAUGCCUUUCAACUCUCAUGUUGAUUGGAAUAAAUUAGCUCUGUUCGUAUCAGAGGAUAAUAUAAGGAAUUUGGUUAAAAUAGUGCAUUCAGUGAGUAAAGAGCGCCGCGGGGAGUUGUUUUGGCAGCUGAGAUGGGCAUUUGAUAGAUAUUUUGCUAGCAUAGUGAAGAUAACAAUGACUGCAUUAGAGAUAAUAAAUGAGAAAGUGUUUGCAUUGGCCGCCAGGACAUAUGAGGAGUGGAAUAUGCCUGAACAUUUGUACGGUCCAGUGAACCCCCUGUUCCUGCCGGUGACGGCUUCCAAAGCGGCUGGCUUCACCGCGGUCAUACUGACGUACGACCGGGUUGAUAGCCUGUUUGCCCUGGUGUCCAAACUGGUGCGGACGCCGAGCCUUGCCAAGAUACUCGUCGUGUGGAAUAACCAGAAGAAGGCGCCGCCUCCUUCUUCAGAAUGGCCAGUUAUAAACAAGCCGUUGAAAGUGAUUCGAACCAAAGAGAACAAGCUAUCCAACAGGUUCUUCCCGUACGACGAGAUUGAGACUGAGUGUCAGCUGACCAUUGAUGAUGAUAUCCUCAUGCUGACACCUGAUGAACUGGAGUUUGGUUUCGACGUGUGGCGUGAGUUCCCCGACCGAAUAGUGGGGUUUCCGUCCAGACUGCACGUGUGGGAUAACUCCACGAACUCCUGGCGGUAUCACAGCGAGUGGACCAAUCAGAUAUCUAUGGUACUAACGGGCGCAGCGUUCCACCACAAGAUCUGGUCGUGGUACUACACGUACAAGAUGCCGGCCGAGAUCCGCAGCUGGGUGGACGAUAACUUCAACUGUGAAGAUAUCGCCAUGAACUUCUUAGUCGCCAAUGUUACUAGGAAGGCGCCUAUCAAGGUGACGCCCCGCAAAAAAUUCAAAUGUCCAGAAUGCACGAACACAGAAAUGCUAUCCGCGGACGCGCGACACAUGUCUCAGCGCUCCGCCUGCAUCGCGCGGUUCGCCCGCGUGUACGGACACAUGGCCCUCCGCGCGGUCGAGUUCCGCGCGGACCCGCUGCAGUACCGCGAGGCGGGGGCGGGCGUUCCGCAUGCUUAUCCUGAUAUUGGCGCCUUGUAAGGUAAGGUUGGUGGCCCUCUGUUUUAUAGUAUGGGGAUUUUUGUUAUUUUUGAGUUGUGAAAAAAAAAAUUGUAAAUCCGGUUACAUGUU